ACGGGCAGCUCUCUCUUAUUUUCCAUACAGAACACUAAGCCAGAGACACAAAAGCAAAGCUGUAUUUGUAAGUAAUUCUCAGGCCAUGGCCAUGUCUAAGGCUUUUAUUGCCUCACUUCUCGUCUCUCUUCUCCUUAUUCAACUCGUUGAAGCUGAUCAACUGGUGACGGAUACAGGCAAGGAAACAAGUCCCCCAGAAAAAAUUGACUGCGGUGGAGCUUGCGCAGCCAGGUGCCGAUUAGCCUCUAGGCAAAACAUGUGCAAGAGGGCAUGCGGGACAUGUUGCGCACGCUGCAACUGUGUUCCUCCGGGCACUGCCGGUAACCAAGAAAUGUGCCCCUGCUAUGCUAGCUUGACUACCCACGGUGGCAGACGCAAGUGCCCUUGAGUGCAUCAAACGAAUCCUCUCUCUGCCUCCUUUGACCAUUAUCAUCAUAAAUCAACGUAUGAGCUGUGGUAAAACUAAAUUAAUGGAGUUUUAUGAAGGUGUACGGAUAAAUAAAAGAAUGCCCUAUGUAAAGCAAAAGUCAUUUACGCAAAUGACUUGUUUUUCAUUUUCUUUUCUUUUUGGCCAUAUCGAUAUGAUUAAUGAUUUCUUAUAUUGAGUGUGAAAUAAUAAUGAAGUUUGUAAUCCUCUUUUCUCUAA